UCGUUGGAAAAAUAUGUGCUGUGUACUAAUGGGAAAUGAAAAUAGUGAAAAUGCGAGAAGAAUAGCUGAAUCUGGUAGUGAGAGUGUAAAUGGUGAGAAUAGAAUUGUAGAAUUGGAGCCGAAGACGCUUGAAUCCAAGCUAAAAUAUUGGUUCCAGGAAUUUACACCUUCGUUUCGUUGUUGCGCGAGCUUAUUAAAUAUUUUAAAAAGCGAAAACCUGAAUGUGCCUCUAAGUGUUGGGUCUUUGUUAGAUCACCCCGAAAAAUGUGUAGCGCCCACCGCUUCCAUAUUGGCGUAAAAAUACAAUUGAAAAAAUUAGCAAAUGAAAUUCUUCAGGAAAAUCCAACUGCAGUUCAAUUACAUAUAGGAAUUGACGGUUUACCCUUGUUUAAGAGCUCGCAGGUUACUUUGUGGCCAAUUUUGGGUCGAGUUGCCAAUAUUAGGUGUAAAACAGUGUUUUUAAUUGGAUGCUACGUUGGUAAAAAGAAGCCUUAUAAUAUUGAAGUUUACCUUCAGGAUUUUGUAGAGGAAAUCAAGGGACUAUCGGUUGAUGGUAUUUCACUCAACAAUGUAAGCUAUAAAGUUGUAAUUCGAGGGAAUUUCUGCAUCCAAAAGACUUUUUCGCAACACCUGUUCCUUCCUGGGACCUUGGAAUCAGUGUCGUAAGUACUGCAAGCUGUGGCCCAGAAGAUAUAUAUAAUAUACAAGAUAUUCACUGCAAAUUAGUAGGUCUACCGUUUAAAGAAAAUAUUAUUUUGUUACCAUUAGUGCACAGCUACAUAUAAUUCUUAUAAACAUAUUUCAAAUUUCCUGCAAGAGUUUUUGAUUAUGACACUCUUGCAACAAAUGUGCGAUAUAUAUAAUACAUAUAUAUUAUUAAAAAUUAAUGAAUAUAACUUUAAAUAAAUUGAGAUUGACUGAUUGAUAUUACAAGCAAACGCAUAAUAUGGCUGAAAUUAAAAAAUUGACGAAAUAAUUUGCUGAGUUACAAGAAUCACUAUUGGAACAAACCAGGCAAAUACAGUCAUGGAGAAAAACUUUAUGUUGGAAAACUUAAACUCGGAAAUAGCUGCAAUGAAAGAUUCCAAUAAAAACGACAUGGAGGUACUGAAAAACGUCUUAUCUGAGCAAGUCGUACUAUUAAAAAAGGUGGCGCAAGACUUAUUUCCAAGCGAUAAGUAUUCUGCAAUUUUCCCUAUAACAAUCCAACAUGAUUUGGAUGACGUAGAAGAUUCAAUCACCGCAGAAAGUCACGAUCAAAUGAUUUCUAGCGUAUUUAAUUUAAUUAAAUCUGGGGGACUAAAAUCCAACAUACGCUCAAUUUUUGCUGAGAAAAUUGUAAUGAAUUACAAUUUUGAGGGAAGGCAGCGGAAAAAAUCUUUAAAAGCGUAUCCAAAGCUGAUGGAUAUUUUAUUUCGAGCUUCACAAAAGCUGGGGAAAGACCAAAAAGAAUUCGAGGCAGAUCUUAAAUUUGGUUUGAAAGCUGUGAAAAAUAAGUACCAUAAAGCCAAUACUCUAAGGAGAAAACUUCAGCACAAUAAAAACAACGAGAAAGAGGAAACUGAAGAAGACGAAGAAAACGAAGAAUCAUAUAGUUCGGAGUAAACAUUAUUUAUUAGUUUACUUGAUUAAAUUUAUGUUAUCUUACUAAUGAAUUUUUUUCCAAUUGACUGAAUUGAUUUCGGAGAAAUAUUUUGAGUGGCCCAUAAGCAAAAAAAAAAAUAUCCAGAAGUCAAUGCGCUUUUUAAGCAACUUCGAACAUGCACUUUAUUUACCACCACUAUGUGGGCUACAAAAGUGCAUACUCAAAAUAAUUCUCUGAAAUAUUAUUAAAACGCCCGAAGUUUUUACGAAAGUUGGUUGAUUCUUUUUAAAAUAUUGCCCAAAGUUCGAAUUUUGAAUUUAUGCGGUUUUUGUUAAAGACUAAACUAUAUUCCUAUAACAAAAUAAGUUAAAUAACAAAAAAAUGAGUUGCUUACACUUGUCAAUAUGUGGUGCGCUUAUACAUAAUUACAACGCAGUGUUUUCUGGAACGCAACUAUUAUUUGGUUUAUUUUACAAUUUCCAACACUGCACAAGUGUUUCAACAGCGUAUGAACUAUUUUUUAUGUAGUUUUAAUUUGUUUAAUUACACGAUGCUAUAGUGACAAUGUGGUAUUCCAAACAUUUUUGUAUUUUUAGCACUGUGUUAUCACAUACAUGUAUAGUAUGUAAGCCUAUCAAAUUUGCAAGACUGAAUAUUUCCUAUAUUUUGUAUUAUUUUUCAAUAUACAUUCAAUCAAUAAAGUUUAGGUACAGAGAGUUUUUUUCAAUACGGGAAAAAGUUAGCGAUAGAUAAAUUAUUUAAAAAACAAUUGCCCGUAUUGCCAAAAACUCUCUGUAACUAAACUUUAUUGAUUGACUGUAUACAAGAUGCGCCUCAACUGAAUUUAAAGGAAAAUUUCGAUUACUAAAAAUGGCUUUGUGUAUUCUGAAUCUAGAUUUUUUCUAAUUUAUUUUAUAACAAAAUUAAAAAAAUCAUUGGAUAGCUUUUUGCAAAAAAAUCAUUUUUAUUAUUUAAAAAAAAAUAAUUUUGACUUAUUCUAAAAAAAUCUACCAAAAAUCCAGUUUGGCAGCUACAUAUUCCCGAUUAGACGCAUUUUGUGCACUUAUUAUAUAUUAUCUAGCUUAUAUAGAUUAUCUAGCUUCCAAGCCCAAUUUUUGAUAGAUUUUUUAAAAUUUAAAUUCAGUUCAGGCGCUCUGUGGAUAACGCAAGCACCUUAUCAGUACAAUUUAGAAACUUGUAAUAAAUGUGUAACAUUAGAUCAAAAAAUACUUUAUAAUUUCUGCGUUUGCUUCUCAGUAAUCAAAAGAUCAAGGUCUUCUAUAGCUGCUUCUCAGUUUAUUAGUAAUGAAGGCUUUCUGCGUUCACUUCUCUACAAUGGAAAGAGCAAGGUAUUCUUCGGUCGCUUCUCAGUCCACAAAAUCGAAGCCUUUGUACGUUCGUUUCUAAGUAAGCGAGAGCGCAUGCAAUUCUUCAUUCGUUUCUCGGUGCAUCAAUACAGCAAGACCUUUCACUUCCGCUUCUGAAUGGUAAAAUAGCAAGGCGUUACCGCCAAUGACAUGCCUAGGUUAAAUCAAUGCCUUCUGGAAGUGAGAGUAGAACCGAUUGGUAACCAUUUUCUCGAUUCCAAGUUCACUUCUGGGGUAAGUGAGUUUUUUGCUGGGAUGUUCAAUCAGUGAUCGCUGUUUAGCUCAA